AAAUAAAAAUUACUCCACUAAAACUUUACCACACACACCUAGUCGUUGAAAUUUAAAUAUCGCGAAUACGCGAUUCAAAUAACUAGCAAAUUAUUUAAGAAAAUUUACAAACACUAAAUCGUGGUCAAAGUCCAGUCAAUUUAUAACACGUAAACAAGUUAGUAAACAUUACACUAAUCUUUGCUGCUGAGAGUUUGCUAUCUUACCAUGGCCAUGACUACACUGUUUUGGAGUAUUUACGCGUGAUCGUUGGUGCAAGUACAACAGUUUCUCUAUUAAACUAAAAAUGUUUUGCUCCGCGGAAAGCGUAAUUACUCUAAUAGCAAUUAUCGCUGUUCCUUUAUAUUUCUAUUACGUCAAAAUAUACAGAAUAAGAAAAUUUCUAAAAAAUUUUCCUUCUCCGCCGACAACUCGGCCAAUAUUGGGUGUUGCUCUCGAUUUUCGAACACCAGGCGAAUUUUUGCAAAAAUUGCACGAGUAUACCAAGACAUGUGGUUCCAUGAUUAAUUUACAAAUUGGUCCUAUCGGACAGGUUUUAGUUAGCUCCGAUUAUAAUUUUCUUGAAUUUUUGCUAAGCAGUAACAAGCUGUUAAGAAAAACUCGCAAUUUAAAAUUUUUGGAACCUUGGAUUGGAAAUGGAUUAGUGCUAGCGGAAGGUUCUAGAUGGAAAACACACCGAAAACUUAUAACUCCCGCAUUUCAUUUCAAAAUACUGGAACAGUUUAUUUCUGUAUUUGAAUCCGAAGGUGAUGUUAUGGUAGAAAAGCUGUCCACAGAAAGUGGAAAUAAGUCAGUGGAUAUUUACCCCUACAUAACCAAAUGUACGCUUGAAGCAAUCUGUGAAACUGCAAUGGGUACCAAAGUAGAUGUUCAAAACAACGAAACAUCGUCAUACUUCGAGGGUGUCAAAGAAAUGUGUAGAAUAUUUGCAGUACGAACAACUUCCGUUUUUCUAGGUAAUGACUUUUUCUUCAAAUUUACUAAAGACUAUAAAAUACAGCAAGAAGCAGUGAAAAUAUUACACGGUUAUACUAACAAUGUGAUUAAAAUAAAGCGCGCUGAACACGAAAAAGGAAAACAUGAAUCUGGCGAAGUUGAUGAAUUAGGUAGGAGGAAGAAGAAAGCUUUUCUAGAUUUAAUUUUAGAAGCUAAAUUAGACAAUCAGUCUCUUACCGAUGAAGAAAUAAGAGAGGAAGUGGAUACAUUCAUGUUUGCGGGUCAUGAUACCACUGCUACAGCGUUAUCAUUCAUUCUUUUCUGUAUAGCAAAUUCCAAGGAAGUUCAAGAUAAGAUAUUAGCAGAACAAGAACAAUUAUUUGGCCAAGAUAAAAAUCCGACAGUAACUUAUGCAAAUUUGCAGGACAUGAAGUAUUUAGAAAAUGUUGUUAAAGAAGGUUUACGAUUGUAUUCUCCGGUACCCCUCUACGGAAGAUUAAUUGAUCAAGAAGUAGAAUACAAUGGAAUGGUGUUUCCUAAAAAUUUGGGCGUACUGAUUUUUUCACAUGGUUUGCACAUGAAUCCAAAGUAUUAUCCUAAUCCGGAAAAAUUUGAUCCCAGCAGAUUUGAAAAUUAUGAUAAUAAACUCCCGUUUGCGUUUAUACCAUUCAGCGCAGGCCCUAGAAACUGCAUUGGUCAAAAAUAUGCCAUGUUGGAAAUAAAAAGUAUGGCUUCUAAGAUUGUGAGGAAUUUUGAACUCUCGCCAGCUGAGCCACGACAUGAUAUGGAUUUGUCACCAGUUACUGUACUUAAGUCUCUAAAUGGUGUUCGAGUCGGCUUAAAAUUGAGAUAGAAGUCGACCUAGGACAUAUUUUCUGUUGGACAAUAAAGUUAAUUGCUUAUUUA